AUGGCUUUAUCCUCGACAGUCGAGAAGGACAUUGCUAUUGCAUGCAUUUGCUCCGCUCUUAUCCUGUCACGAUGCGCCUAUCGUAUUUACCAUGGGUACAGGGGCAAUGGGGGUUCCCAUCGAAUCUGGCAUGCCGACGACAUUUAUAUGGCCCUUGCUCUAAUGCCUCUCACCUCGCGCACCGUCUGCAUCGCCCUAUCAUUCACCUUGAACCCCUCUAGCUCACGCCUGCCUGUAACCAAGGAGGAGGCAGCAGCUCAGAGAACGACUGUCGAGAAGCUUGAACAUGAUCGGACUGUUGGGAUUUCGCUACUAAUCGUAACUCGUUUGAGCUACACUCUGAUGAUGUGGAAGCUCGCUUCCAAGGAAGACCAACCUGUGUGUCAGAAAGGCAUGGUUUACUUCUUCGCUCUGGCCGCAGGCAAUAUCAGCACAGAUAUUGCACUACUCAUACUGCCUUUCCCGACCCUCUCAACGGCGAGAUUGAACACGAGAACUAAGAUCCAACUCGGAAUCUUGUUCAGUAUCGGCAUUUUAGUCAUUACUAUUACAAUUGUGCGAGUACCGCUUAUCCUCGGCGAUGCCAUGUCUCAAAAGGCUCGGUCCACAUGGGCAACUAUAGAGAUUCUCUGCAGUUGCAUUGUGGCUAACACGUCUUUCUUCUAUGGGAUCUUGAGAGAGCUUGGGCAACAUAAGGGUACACAGCCUUCAGCUUCCGAUCCGAGUAGAUCAGAAGGUCCAUUCUAUCUGCAGAGCAAAGGAGCAGAUCACCGCUGUUAUGAGCUACGGCCUGCAAAUAGUGAUGCUGCACACAGUGAUGCCGCAAACAGUGAUGGGAACAAUAAUUCACAGGAACUAAUCAUCGUACCAUAA